UCUCUGAAUCUGUGUUCUUGAUGAUACCCAUUCAUCAUAAUCCAUGUUUCAAUUCAUUCUUUCUUGAUCUCCAUACUCGAACAAAAGAAAAAGAAACCAAGAUCGUAGAAUCAGGUUUUCUUGUUUCUUGUAGAUGGACACCCACUUGAAAUUGAAUAGAAUUCCCCAUCAGAUCCCCUUCAAUUUGCGUGGUUCUUUACAUGGUGUAUUCACACUUGUAUUUAUCGUAUUCUGCUUUCACCAGAACACCCAUACAUGGAACCACAGUGGUGCCAAUCGGGUCGGGUUAAACAGUGGUACUCCACGAAACUUGGGUAUCACAACCCCACCUGAUUGCACUGGAUUAAGUCGACACGAAGGUUACGCAAGCGAAUGUGAGUUCUUAAUCGCUUUUCCUCAAUGUGAUUCUGAUGGGUUCUUCAAUUACUUAACCUUCUUCUACUGUUCUUGCCAAAACCAUGCUUUUCUUGGUUACAUUUUGCUUUUUAUUUGGUUGGCUGCUCUCUUUUAUCUUCUGGGCAACACAGCUGCAGAUUACUUCUGUUGUUCUCUUGAAAAGUUGUCACAUUUAUUGCGAUUGCCCCCAACUGUAGCAGGGGUCACCUUGCUUCCAUUAGGGAAUGGUGCCCCCGAUGUGUUUGCGAGUAUUGCAGCUUUUGCAGGCACUGAUAAUGGCGAUGUUGGACUUAAUAGCAUUCUGGGUGGUGCCAUUUUUGUGACUUGUGUUGUUGUAGGGACGAUUUCUAUCUGUGUGGCUGAUCAGCUUGUUAGUAUCGAUAAGAAAUGUUUCAUUAGGGAUGUAUCUAUGUUUCUGUUUGCUGUUGUUUCUCUUGGUGUUAUCUUGUUUAUUGGAGAGGUUAGUGUCGGUGGAGCGAUCGCGUUUGUUUCAAUUUAUGUUGUUUACGCUUCCUUGAUUGCGGCUAACGAGUCUUUUAGACGGAAAGAUGAUGGGGUUUUGAAAGGAGAUACGUUCGUGCCGCUGUUAGCGGUUGCUCGAAUGGGAGGUAUGGAGAAUCGAGAUCAAGAAUCGUUGGACGUGUCGUUUACUGAGUCGGAUGAUGUUCCACAACUUGUGGAAUCGAAGGUUGUUCCGCAAUGGAUGUGGGGUUCAAAUGUUGCGAUUUAUUCAGACGUGGUUGGACAUGGGACCGAAGAUGGCACGGACCACCCUCUCUGGGGAUGGAAAGGUGCGGAAACGGAAAACGAUAACGAAAACUCGUCGUUUUCGUGUUUUAAGUUGUUAGGAUGGUUAGAAUUCCCGUUGGCGCUACCACGGAGGUUAACCAUUCCGAUCAUCGACGAGGGCCGAUGGUCAAAAGGUUACGCGGUGGCUAGUGUCACAUUUGCGCCAUUGCUUCUAGCACUUCUUUGGAACACCCAACACGAUGGAACCCGAUUAGUUUCCGGGCUAAUCUACUCGGCCUGCGCCGUGAUCGGCUGUGUGCUCGGUUGUGUUGCAUUUAUCUGCACCAAAUGGAACCAUCCACCACAAAAGUGGCUACUUCCAUGGCUUCUUGGCGGGUUUUUUAUGAGCAUCAUCUGGUUCUACAUGAUCGCUAACGAGCUAGUCGCAUUAUUGGUCACAUUCGGUCUCAUAUUCGGAAUCAACCCAUCGAUCCUCGGACUAACCGUAUUGGCAUGGGGUAACUCGAUGGGCGACCUGAUGUCAAAUGUCGCAUUGGCGGUGAGCGGCGGCGAAGGGGUGCAGAUCGCGAUUUCUGGAUGCUAUGCAGGGCCGAUGUUCAACAUACUUGCUGGUUUGGGGAUUUGUAUGUUAAUCGGAUCAUGGUCGAACCGACCCGUAUCGUACACGAUGGCCGGCGAUAUCGGGCUGUUUUGUAACAUCGGGUUUCUGGUUGUGGGACUGGUUUGGUCGCUGGUGAUGCUGCCGAGAAACGGGAUGCAGCCGAGCAGGCGGUUCGGGAUAGGGUUGAUGGCGAUUUACGUGGUGUUUCUUGGAUCGACAGUUGGGAUGUCGAUCGGUUCUGGAUCACUGAACAACAAUGGCAGGUGAUCAGAGUGUGGGUGUUGAAUCUUGAUGAUAACUUGUAGGUUUGUACACGUGGCAUAUAGUGGCAUAGAGUUCAGGUUUCCAUUUGUAGUUGCUUGGAUUUGUAUAGGCUCUUUGAGUAGUCAUAUGUUGUUUUUACCAUUUUCAUAACAAACAAAUGAACAUGUGAUUGGGGGUAUGUUU